AUGGAUUCGCGCGGUGGCGGUCAAUCCGAGGCAAAUAGCGACAGUGUAGAAAUUUCACCGUCGAUAACAAUAGAAGAGAUGGAUAGACAGUCGACUAGAUGUGAUGGAUCAACUGGUGACAUACCCUAUGUGGACGAUUCCGAUUUUGGUGUAUCGCCACGCCCCAUCAUGGAGAUGCAGUCUCAAAUGGCACUGAUUGCACGACAAGAAGACAAUCAUUUGGUGAAACCACCUUAUGAAAACGGGGAAACGCAAGAUGGCGAAACGCAAGCAAUUGAACAAGCAAUGACGGGCAGAAACAAGCAACUGGCCAGAACCAAGCAGCUGAGCAGAACCAAGCAACUGAGCAGAACCAACAGCAAGACGAGGAAAAGCCCCCGACUGAAACUUUUCGCUAUCGCUCGCUCAGUCCUCAAUCAGUUGGAGCUGCCAGAAUCAGGCAUUCGGUCUGUGAAUCGGCUUUUGCAGGUGGGCGUUCUGGCUCAAUUCACCCAGCUUCACAGGAUAGCUGUUGACGAAAUGCUAUUCAUUCUGCAGACGAUAGACAACUGA